CACUGCCGCUCGCUGUGUCCCGGCCACCCCGUUACCAAGCAACGAGCUGCCCAGGCGGGAAGCAACCGAGCCUAGUGACUGGGAGAGGGGAAGGCGGUUGGAAAGGGAGCUUGAGCAGCAGAAAUGAGCCCGGAAUACGGCUGCAUAACAGAAUCAGAAAAUCAAAUACAACCACACUCAGCACUGAAAGCCCUUCAGCAUCAGCUGGAAUCAUUUCAGGCUCUCCGAAUACAGACUUUGCAGAAUGUUAGCAUGGUGCAGUCUGAAAUCAGUGAAAUACUGAACAAAAAUAUUAUUGAAGUAGAAAACCCACAAUUUAGCUCAGAAAAAAAUCUAGUAUUCAGCACACGCAAUGAAAAAGCUUUGGGCGACUGGAUUGUCAAAGAUGAAAAUAAGGAAACUCCUGUCCUGAAAACCCUAAAAGAUGUUCGUUUACCUCUGUACUUCUGCAAUUUUCUUGUUUCUCUUAGGAGAGCGUGUGAGGGGCAUUUGACUUAAUCCAUAUACCUAAAGAUUCCCAAGUAAACUGAAAUACACGGCAGUUUUUCUGUCCACUUUGAGUUUUUCUACUUUUAGGACUGACUUACACCUAGAGUGAGUUCUCUAAAACAGGUCCAAACUAGAGUCACUGUGUCUAUACUUAUUAGAA